AUGAACUAUAAACAUACGUAUAAACACCACCUAUACAAAUACAAACACCGCAAACAGACCACACACGCGUAUAAACACUACCUACACAAAUACAAACACCGCAAACAGACCACACCCGCGUAUAAACACCACUUACACAAAUACAAACACCGCAAACAGACCACACACGCGUAUAAACACCUACACAAAUACAAACACCACAAACAGACCACACACGCGUAUAAACACCACCUACACAAAUACAAACACCGCAAACAGACCACACACGCGUAUAAACACCACGUACACAAAUACAAACACCACAAACAGACCACACACGCGUAUAAACACCACGUACACAAAUACAAACACCACAAACAGACCACACACGCGUAUAAACACCUACACAAAUACAAACACCGCAAACAGACCACACACGCGUAUAAACACCUACACAAAUACAAACACCACAAACAGACUUCACCCGCGUAUAAACACCUACACAAAUACAAACACCACAAACAGACCACACACGCGUAUAAACACCACCUACACAAAUACAAACACCACAAACAGACCACACACGCGUAUAAACACCUACACAAAUACAAACACCACAAACAGACCACACCCGCGUAUAAACACCUACACAAAUACAAACACCACAAACAGACCACACACGCGUAUAAACACCUACACAAAUACAAACACCACAAACAGACCACACCCGCGUAUAAACACCUACACAAAUACAAACACCGCAAACAGACCACACCCGCGUUUAAACACCUACACAAAUACAAACACCACAAACAGACCACACCCGCGUAUAAACACCUACACAAAUACAAACACCACAAACAGACCACACCCGCGUAUAAACACCUACACAAAUACAAACACCACAAACAGACCACACCCGCGUAUAAACACCUGCACAAAUACAAACACCGCAAACAGACUACACCCGCGUAUAAACACCUACACAAAUACAAACACCGCAAAAAGACCACACCCGCGUAUAUACUCUACCUACACAAAUACAAACACCGCAAACAGACCACACACGCGUAUAAACACCUACACAAAUACAAACACCGCAAACAGACCACACACGCGUAUAAACACCUACACAAAUACAAACACCGCAAACAGACCACACACGCGUAUAAACACCUACACAAAUACAAACACCACAAACAGACCACACCCGCGUAUAAACACCUACACAAAUACAAACACCACAAACAGACCACACCCGCGUAUAAACACCUACACAAAUACAAACACCACAAACAGACCACACCCGCGUAUAAACACCUACACAAAUACAAACACCACAAACAGACCACACCCGCGUAUAAACACCUACACAAAUACAAACACCGCAAACAGACCACACCCGCGUAUAAACACCUACACAAAUACAAACACCGCAAACAGACCACACCCGCGUAUAAACACCUACACAAAUACAAACACCGCAAACAGACCACACCCGCGUUUAAACACCUACACAAAUACAAACACCACAAACAGACCACACCCGCGUAUAAACACCUACACAAAUACAAACACCACAAACAGACCACACCCGCGUAUAAACACCACUUACACAAAUACAAACACCACAAACAGACCACACACGCGUAUAAACACCUGCACAAAUACAAACACCGCAAACAGACUACAACCGCGUAUAAACACCUACACAAAUACAAACACCGCCAAAAGACCACACCCGCGUAUAAACUCUACCUACACAAAUACAAACACCACAAACAGACCACACCCGCGUAUAAACACCUACACAAAUACAAACACCGCAAACAGACCACACCCGCGUAUAAACACCUACACAAAUACAAACACCGCAAACAGACCACACACCCGUAUAAACACCUACACAAAUACAAACACCACAAACAGACCACACCCGCGUAUAAACACCUACACAAAUACAAACACCACAAACAGACCACACCCGCGUAUAAACACCUACACAAAUACAAACACCACAAACAGACCACACACGCGUAUAAACACCUACACAAAUACAAACACCACAAACAGACCACACACGCGUAUAAACACCUACACAAAUACAAACACCACAAACAGACCACACCCGCGUAUAAACACCUACACAAAUACAAACACCACAAACAGACCACACCCGCGUAUAAACACCUACACAAAUACAAACACCGCAAACAGACCACACCCGCGUAUAAACACCUACACAAAUACAAACACCACAAACAGACCACACCCGCGUAUAAACACCUACACAAAUACAAACACCACAAACAGACCACACCCGCGUUUAAACACCUACACAAAUACAAACACCACAAACAGACCACACCCGCGUAUAAACACCUACACAAAUACAAACACCGCAAACAGACCACACCCGCGUAUAAACUCUACCUACACAAAUACAAACACCGCAAACAGACCACACCCGCGUAUAAACACCUACACAAAUACAAACACCGCAAACAGACCACACCCGCGUAUAAACACCUACACAAAUACAAACACCGCAAACAGAGCACACACGCAUAUAAACACCACCUACACAAAUACAAAUACCGCAAACAGACCACACCCGCAUAUUAA